GAUGCUGCAGAAUUACGGCAGCCUCCGCCUGCUAGGCCUUGUGAUUGCCAAGCCGGAGCUCAUUUCCUGGCUCGAAAAAGGGGAAGAGUUGUAUGAGGACUUCCAGGAGAGGGGUGCCCCGGCCCCCUUCAUUGGAGCGUCUCUUCCCCGAAGGCUUAGAGCCUGUUUCCUCACAGGGGCCUGAAGCUGUUUUUCUGAAUUCCAGCAGUGCAGAAUAUACUCUCCGUCCAUGGCAUCUCAUUGAUGCUCUCAUCCUCUACCGCCUGCUUGGGUUUCUUAUAAAAGCAGCUCAGAAGAGAGUUACCCUUCCCGGGAGAUCAGGUGUACAUCAAGAGAGCUCCCCUGAAACAUUACAGAAAAACGAGAAUCACAAGCAAGGAGGAACCACUCAGUCACCCAGAAACGAUCCAGAGCCAGGGGAGGCUCGUGUAACGAAGAAAAAAGGCUACAGAUGCUACGAUUGCGGGAAGCUCAUUGGCAGCAGGACGAACCUCUCUACUCACAAGAAGAUCCAUGCAGGUUUGAGGCCCUACAAGUGCCAUGAAUGUGGGAAAACAUUCAUUCGGAGCACUCACUUAACCGUCCACGGACGAGUCCACACUGGGGAGAAGCCCUACCAGUGUAAAGACUGUGGGAAGCGGUUUAGUCAGAAGGCCAACCUGUACACCCACUUGAUCACCCACUCAGGAGACAGGCCCUUCCAGUGUGCCGAGUGCGGGAAGCGGUUCAGCCAGAAAAUAUACCUCACCCUGCACGAGAAGCUGCACACGGGAGACAAGCCUUACCAGUGUGAGACGUGUGGGAAGAAAUUCAUCUCCACAAAAGUCCUGCGGAAUCACCAGAAGUCUCACUUAGGGCCUUUUCCCUGCGCUCACUGCGGGAAGAAAAUCCAGUCAGCAGCAGGCUUGAAGGUGCACCAGCGGCUUCACACCGGGGAGAAGCCCUUUGUGUGUGCCAGGUGUGGGAAGGGGCACGCCAGCACCAACCUGCUGAACUACCACAUCAAUCGAUGCCACUUGAAAGAGCAGCUCUACCAGUGCAGCUACUGUGAGAAGCGCUUCUGGCAGAAGUCGUCGCUGACCUCCCACCACAGAAUCCACAGUGGGGAGAGGCCUCACAAGUGUGCCGAGUGCGGGAAGGGUUUCCGCCGCAGCAGCGUCCUGAAGAAGCACGCAAGGACUCACACGGGGGAGAAGCCCUUUUCCUGCACCGAGUGUGGGAGGAAGUUUACCACAAAGUGCACCCUGAAGAACCACCAGAAGAUCCACACGAGGGAGAAGUCGUUUCAGUGCCGCUACUGUGGGAAGAAAUACCGGUAUAACAUUUUGUGCCAGAGACACGAGGAGAUGCACACGGGCCAGCGGCCGACAUGCCUUCAGUGCGGGAAGGUGCUGCGCACCGAGAGGGAGCUCUUGAUACACCAGCGAAUCCACACAGGGGAGAAGCCCUUCCAGUGUCCCCGCUGUGAAAGGGGCUACCAUCGGAAGAACGAUUUGGUGAAGCACAUGAAGAGCCCGUGCCCGGAAUGAGCCGUAGGUAGAUGCAGUGAGAAAACAUGGGGGAAAUGCUUUCAGAACACAUAGGAAGAAAAUAUGCUGAAAAAUCCUGUGGUCUGUUUGUGAGAAAGGAAACUCUGAAGGUGGAGGGUUUUUUAAAGCCUUUUAAAAAUGUAAUUUUUAUUUUUCCAGGAUAUAUAAAAAGAUAAAGAGGAGACAGAGACAUAUACACAAAUGUUUUCUAUUAUGUGCCGAAGACUCCUUUCAGCCUAAUUUUUGAAUAAAUCAUUAAAUGUUGCCAUCAA